CAGUCGGUAGGCGGCGGCGGAAGGAGGAGGAGCUCCAGCCGCGCUCUCUCCCGGCAGUGGCUGUGCUUCACAGCGCUUGUUGGGUUCCCCACCCCUUUUAAAUAAGCCGGGCUGGUCACCGCCCUCGCAGACGAGUCAGCUCAAGGGAGGCGGCGGCAGCGCGGCGGUGGGGGUGCGGCCGAGGCCCGAGCCCUGCCCGGGGCCGGGCCGCGGGGCGGGCGGGCGAACCGCGGGCGAGGCGGCGUCUGCUUGCGCGGUGCAGCCCCAGCGUAGCCCGGGGCUGCCGGUGCCGGCCGCGCCAUUGUUGGGGGAGGGGGCGGCUGUUGAGGGCGGCGGAGUAGGGGGCGAGCGAAGGCGGUGGCAGAGAGGAGCGGAGGCUUCCCAUGGGGAACACGCUGACCUGUUGCGUGUCCCCCAAUGCCAGCCCCAAGCUGGGCCGGCGCGCGGGGUCGGCGGAGCUGUACUGCGCGUCCGACAUCUACGAGGCGGUGUCCGGGGACGCGGUGGCGGUAGCGCCCGCUGUUGUGGAGCCUGCCGAGUUGGAUUUCGGAGAGGGCGAGGGCCACCACCUGCAGCACAUCAGCGACCGUGAGAUGCCCGAAGAUUUAGCUUUGGAGUCAAACCCUUCUGACCAUCCAAGGGCAAGCACAAUUUUCCUGAGCAAAUCUCAAACGGAUGUGCGAGAAAAGAGGAAGAGCAACCAUUUAAACCAUGUAUCUCCAGGGCAGCUUACUAAAAAAUAUAGCUCAUGCUCAACAAUAUUUCUAGAUGACAGCACAGUCAGCCAGCCUAAUCUUAGAACCACAGUAAAAUGUGUGACCUUAGCAAUAUAUUACCACAUAAAGAACAGAGAUGCAAAUAGAUCCCUGGAUAUUUUUGAUGAGAGAUCACAUCCACUUACACGAGAAAAAGUUCCAGAGGAAUACUUUAAGCAUGAUCCUGAGCACAAAUUUAUUUACAGAUUUGUUCGUACUCUUUUUAGUGCUGCACAGCUAACAGCUGAAUGUGCAAUAGUAACUUUGGUUUACUUAGAAAGGCUUUUAACUUAUGCUGAAAUCGACAUUUGUCCCACCAACUGGAAAAGGAUUGUUCUGGGAGCCAUUCUUCUUGCCUCCAAGGUUUGGGACGAUCAGGCUGUAUGGAAUGUGGACUACUGCCAGAUCCUCAAGGACAUUACAGUUGAGGACAUGAAUGAAAUGGAAAGGCAUUUUCUGGAGCUUCUUCAGUUUAAUAUUAAUGUUCCUGCCAGUGUUUAUGCCAAAUACUACUUUGACCUUCGCUCCUUAGCAGAUGACAACAACCUGAAUUUUCUAUUUGCUCCUCUUAGCAAAGAAAGAGCACAGAACCUAGAGGCUAUUUCUAGAUUGUGUGAAGACAAAGACUUGUGUAGAGCCGCUAUGAGAAGGUCUUUCAGCGCUGAUAACUUCAUUGGUAUUCAGCGCUCUAAAGCCAUCCUCUCUUAAAAGGAGAAAUGAGGGGUUAUAACGUCAUGGGACCUUCAUCUACAAAGACUGGAGAAAUACCACCUUUCCUGCUCAAAAACCAGCAAAAUUAGUGUUUUCAUCAAAAGGAAAGAUCUCAAAUUCAAGAGACUCAUGGACAACAAGGAUUAUACUCCACAGGAAAGAAUGGGACCUUGUCAAUGCAACAAAACACUCUUCUGUCCUUUUUAAUGUAAACAGAGUUACAAAAACCACUCCAAAGUGAAGGCUCCCAUCCUACACACAGAUAUUUGCUUACUGUGUGGGCCGAUAGCUGUGAACUAUGUAAGGUUUUUUAAACAAUAGUUUAAAUUUUUAGACUUUAAAGACACUAACCAUAUAACUUUUGUUUCUUCCAGUUUUUCUCCCUCGCCCCGCAUUUUGCUGCAUAUGCCUUUAAAAUCAAUGCAGUAUUACCAUUAAAACAUGGGACUCUAACUAAAGCCACUUAGGAGCAGACUGCAGCAUUGUUAGGUACUGAAGGGUUCUUCCUCCCUACUGUUACCAUUGAAGCUGCUAGUCAUUGGCAAUCAUUUUAAACCAAAAAGCUGCUGGAUAACAUUUGUCAUUCAUAUUCUUUGCAAGCAUUACUUUAGCAUUUUAGCAUGUUUGGGGUCAUAAACAGAGGAAGUAUCAGUUAUUGAUAUCUACUUCUUUUGGAGUCCAUGUUGCAUUUCUUGUGAACUAUAAAUGGUGCUUCUCAUUUUCUGAUAAUUUUUCUCUUGCUAAAUAAAUGUAUUAAAAGAUAUUUUCAUAAUGCCAA